AUGAUAAGCGGCAGGCGGAAGCUGCUGGGGGCGGCUCCCGGGGGGGGCCCCCCUGCGCUGGCCCGCUCGGCAAGUCGGCUGAUGGACGUAUUGGGAAGCGUCCCGCACAGUGGAAGGAAUCGCUGGAAGGUUGGCAGUCCAGAGAAAGCGGGGCAGGCGUUCCCCCAAACGCGCAGACACUUCGCCAUUGGAGUGUUCGAAAGGAAGAAGCCGCACAUGAACAUAGGAACCAUCGGACACGUAGACCACGGGAAAACAACUCUAACGGCAGCGAUCACGAAAGUGUGUGCAAAUCAAAACAGAGGGACCUUCAAGUCGUAUGAAGAAAUAGAUAAAACACCGGAGGAGCAAAAGAGAGGAAUCACCAUCAACGCAACUCAUGUAGAGUACGAAACGGAGAGGAGACACUACAGUCAUAUUGAUUGUCCUGGUCAUUUGGAUUAUGUGAAAAAUAUGAUUACAGGAACGUCCCAGAUGGAUGGAUCUAUCCUAGUGGUCUCUGCCUACGAUGGGUUGAUGCCCCAGACAAAGGAGCACGUCUUGCUGUCGAGGCAAAUAGGCAUAGAAAAAAUGAUUGUAUUUUUGAACAAAAUUGACAUGUGCGAUGAUGGAGAGUUGGUAGAUUUGGUCGAGUUAGAAAUUCGGGAGCUUUUAUCUUUUUACAAAUACGAUGGGGAGAACAUCCCCUUUGUGAAGGGGUCGGCUCUAAAGGCACUCAACGAUGACCAGUCUGAGUAUGGCGUGCCCUCCAUUUUGAAGCUGCUAGAUGCCUGCGAUAACUAUAUUGAUGAGCCGAAGAGAAAAAUUGACCUUCCAUUUCUUAUGAGCAUUGAUGACGUUCUGCAGAUUUCGGGGAAGGGGACUGUCGCCACGGGGAGAGUCGAACAGGGAACCUUGAAGCUUAAUGAUGCUGUGGAAAUCAUGGGCAUUCGGGAGAAGCCCAUCAAAACGGUCGUCACCGGAAUUGAAAUGUUUAGGAAAACGUUAGAUGCAGCACAAGCCGGGGAUCAAAUAGGAGUCAUGCUCAAAAAUGUAAAGAAAAAUGACUUAUCCAGAGGGAUGGUGGUCACCAAGGUGCCCAAUCUGAAGACUUACAGAACGUUCGAGAGUGAUGUGUACGUUUUGAAGAAUGAGGAGGGGGGCAGGAAGAACCCGUUUUCUUCCUACUACAGACCCCAGGCCUACAUCCGAACGGCAGAUGUGAACUGCGCGGUCAUUUUGAACGAAGACACGCAGGUUGCCAACCCGGGCGACAACAUCAAGUGCACCAUCGAGCUCAUGUACCCCCUCGCGCUGGACAGCGGCCUGCGCUUCUCCCUGCGCGAGGGCGGCCGCACCGUCGCCUCGGGGAUCAUCACCAAGGUCAUCUAG